AUGCUUGCAGCAAUCACCUUAAUCCUCAGUGUCAUAGUAAUUCUGGAUAGCAAGCGUGAAAAGGAUCGAGUGAAGCCUCCUCAGCCAGCACAAUACGCUCAGAUCAAGAGAAAUCAACUACCGCCCCCCCUGUCCAUCAGUGAACACGGAAGUGGUUGCGUGAAUUCGUCUUACGAUGAUAUGACGGUGAUAACAGCAUCACUGCCUGAGCAACGAGUUCCGCCUUUCUCCUACGAGCGACAUAAUCGCAAUAAACGAGCCAGAAUACGGCCUAAUUCAAUGCCACAACCACAUUUCGAUCAGUACUCCGGCAUGACCCCUUCAAUCAGAGAUGAUUUUUCCUCGAAAUUGCAAUCGAGAAGGUCGUUCUCUACUGCAAAUGGACGUUUCCGAAAGUCAUGCGAACUGCCGAGUACAGUCGGAAUUCACGGGGAUUUGAAGAAAAGUGACGAGCCGAACGAGCAGGAGUUUGGCAAGCCGCCAGGUACACUAACAUCACUGAUCAGUUUCGAUCCGAAGAGCCGAACGUUGUUACGAGUACGUGAGCACAGAGAGUCGGACGAGGACGAAGCCGAAGGUUAUAGCAGAAUAGAAAAAGACUGCUCCCAAGACACAGGACUGUACGAGCGUAUUCGCAGCAGAGGAUCCAGAGACAACAUAAAUGCAUGUCCAGAUGUCCGAAACUUGCUCGAGACAAGGCUAAGGGAUCCGAGUCACGACUCUCUGCCAUCAAUGAUGGCUCCAGUGUUGACCACUGAAAAUCCUACUCAUAGCUCCACCAAUGCGACUUCUUCGGACUUUGGCUUCCCUGGAUCAAGAUACUGUCCACCAUCUUCAUCUUCAUCGCAGACGGAUCGUCAUCUAUCCUCCGAGACGAGAGGAAUCGAACCGCCAGAGAUUAGAUAUAUGGGAGACCAAGAGCGUCACUUGGCUACAACAUCUUCGGACUACAAAAGCAAUUUACGGGUAGAAAGUAAGGACAGCCGUACAGCUAUCGUACAUUACCACUCGAUUAGCGAGUUUCGGCUCACGAAUAGUAAGUCUCCCACACAGACAGUGCCAGUCAUCACGGGUGCUGGAUUGCUUGUUUGA